AUGUGGCAUCAUCUCUUUAAACAUAUUGACAUUCUUCCUCAAAAUGUCCAUAUUCUCGAUGGUAAUGCUGAUGAUCUUGAAGAGGAAUGCAGGCAAUAUGAAGAAAAAAUUAAGUCUUUCGGUGGUGUUGAACUAUUUUUAGGAGCUGACACAAAAUGUUCGCGUAAUGCAGGAAUCGGUCCCGAUGGCCAUAUUGCCUUUAAUGAACCCGGAUCUUCGUUGACCUCAAGAACUCGUGUUAAAACCUUAGCCUAUGAAACUAUUCUGGCAAAUUCUCGAUUUUUUGAUGGUGAUAUUAGUAAAGUUCCAAGAAUGGCUUUAACUGUUGGUGUGGGUACCGUAAUGGAUUCUCGUGAAGUUGCUAUCAUCAUCACAGGAGCUCACAAAGCUCUAGCUUUAGCGAAAUGUGUUGAAGAAGGCCUUAUUGUUUGUGAUGAGGACGCUACUCUUGAGUUGCACGUUAAAACUGUUAAAUAUUUCAAGAGUAUAGAUCAUGUAAUUCAUGAUCUUAUUGGUACUGAAAAUGUUGGAUUACAAGGUAAUACAUGUUAA